CCGUUGAAGCUUUGGCACAAGCCAUGCGGAUCGUUUUCGUUGAAAAGAGUAGAGCAAUCAUUCCAGAGCUGGCACUACAUCAUCAACGUGUUCGUAAACUAAGGCUUCUUCUUCCUUGUACUGAUGAUAACAUGACCUUCCCAUCAGCACUUCUGCUACUGAUGGUACCAUGCAUCGUCUCGGCGACUCAAACCACUGGUCUCAUCCUGGAAGGUGUCGACCCUGCCAUCGGUUAUCACGCCAUUGUAAAAGAAAAUGAAAAAACGGUGGAAGUGACUCCCGAAAUUAAGGUUGUAGGUGGUCUAGUAAGCAAGUUCAGACUGACUUCUAAGUACCCUGGUGAAGUACCCUUUCGUGUAUUCAUUCCUGAUCGUACCAGUGGAGCUGCCAUAAUGGUGGCAGCCAUGGAGCUAGACUGUGAGAAAAGAAAGUCCUACAAGUUUGACCUUGUGGCCAUUGGUCUCAGUGGAAAAAUAUCUGACAAUGUUACAGUGCAUCUCUCUGUGGAAGAUGUCAACGAGUUUGCUCCCAAGUUUCUGCAGAAUUCCUACACAGUUGACGUUGAUGAAGAGCGAUUGUACGACACCAUCGUCCAAGUAGAAGCCCGAGAUGACGACUGCACUCCCAAGUACAGCGACAUCUGCAAGUAUGAAAUUUUGGAUCCCCAUCAACCGUUCACCAUCAAUUUUGAAGGACGUAUCAAGAACACAGAGCCGUUGUCAUGGGAACAAAAUCCAACCUAUGUGUUGUCGGUGGUAGCAUAUGACUGUGGAAUGAAAAGAUCAGAACCCACGACAGUCAAUAUCAAAGUAAACAAAGUCUGCCACUUGGGAUGGAAAG